AUGCACAGCGAGCCCUCCUGCUGCUGGAGGAGUACCGGGCCAAGCUGCACCACGCCGAGGACCGGCAGCUCCGACACUCCAUCCAGAGGGUCAUCGACAUCUUCCAGAGCAGCCUCUUCCAGGCCCUCAUAGAUAUCCAGGAAUUUUACGAAGUGACCUUAUUGGACAGUCAGAGAUGGACGGAGUCUUCCAAGGCGGCGGACCCCAUGACGCCCGUCAACCUGUGGGACUUCUCCAGCCUUCAAAGCACAACGGUGACCUCGGAUACUCUGCCCAGCCUUAGCACCAGCAUCGAGGACUCACCACUCCUUAACGAAAUCCUGCACACGUUGGCGCAGGCGCAACACCCGCCCGGCUCUGACGGACAAGUAAGUACUGGACUGCCUGCUGUUUUGUCCUCAUGUGCUUGGGACCAUCGUAUGGGGGGAUGGGGGGGGGCCUUCUGGGUCCAGGGUCAGGAUGACCUCAAGGUGUCGCUGUAG